AUGCGCAUCACUUCCUUGACCUGCACGGCAUUGGCCUUUGUGGCCAGUGUUGUUGCGCAGAGCAGUGCCGACGACAACACAACACAACCUGUCUCUUUCUUCUACACUCGUCCUCUAUCUCAGGCACCUGCAUUGAAUGUCACCAUCCAAGCCGACUUUACUCCCGGCUAUGUCUUCAUGUCGCCAUACAAAUCCAUCAAACCUGCACCAUACAUCUACGACAAGUUUGGAAACCUCGUCUGGGACGGCUACGGAGUGACUGGUUCUGCGAACGCACACAACUUCAGACCUUGCCAGUAUAAUGGUGCUCCUCAUCUCUGCUUUAAUCAGGUAAACCAGCAAAACGGAUACGGAAUCGGCCAGUCUAUGGUUGUGGAUCAGAAUUAUAAAGUUGUUGCUACGGCACAGACUGGAGGAAACGUCGAGCCGGUGGAUAUGCAUGAGUUCCAGCUGCUAAAUGAUGGAGAGACUGCAAUCGUCAGCUCGUACAACAUCGUUCCAUUCGACUUGUCGUACUUCAAUAUCACGACUGGUCUGGGUUGGCUAUCGGAAGGCGUGUUCCAGGAAGUCAAUGUGACCACUGGAGAAGUUCUGUUCGAAUGGUUCUCGACCAACCAUGUUGAUCCUAGCGCCAGCCAGAUCACGCCAAACAGUACUGAUACAGGAGGUGAUGGCUUUGGACCUCAGACUGCAUUCGACUACUUCCACAUCAACUCGAUCGACAAGUCGACAGUCACAGGCAACUAUCUGGUUUCGGCCAGACAUACCGCCACGUUAUACUACGUCAACGCGACCGACCGCAAUAUCAUUUGGCAAUUGAGCUACCUAGGACAGAGCGAUUUCCAGUGCUCAGGAUUUAAUUAUUCGUUCCAGCACGAUGCACGCCUGCUGUCCGAGAAUGAUACCACUACCGUCCUCUCCAUCUUCGACAACGCGUCAAAUGGCUACACAACCACCACCUCCCAGUCCUCAGGCAAAGUCAUCGCUAUCGAUCACAACUCUGGCGUCGCAACCAUGCUCUCCAACACAACCUACCCCUCCCCUGACGGCCUCCUCGCCACCUCCCAAGGAAACACCCAACUCCUCUCCAACGGUGGAUUCUUCCACACCUGGGGCAACAACCCUUACCUCUCCGAACACUCUGCCAACGGCACCGCAGUCUUUGCAGCUCAAUUCGCAGCUCCAGACUCUGCACAAAACUACCGCGCUUUUUCUGCAGACUGGGAAAGUACGCCUGCAACCACCGUCCCCGAUGUUUACGCUUAUGCCGUCAACUCCUCCGCACCCACACGUAUCUACGUCUCCUGGAAUGGCUGUACCACCGUCUCGUCCUGGAACUUUUACGGUGGUAGCACUGUAGGAGAAGACUUUGCAGUCAUUGGCAAUACUACCAAGAAUGGCUUUGAAACUUUUUGGGAGGCGGAGAGUCUCUAUCAGUGGGUUAGGGUGGAAGCUGUGGAUGCGGAUGGCAAUGCACUUAGGAAUUCGAGCUUUACGGGGACGUUUGUGCCGAGUGCUGCGCUGGUGGGGGCGUGUAGUGAUGUUGGGUGUGGUGUUGCUAGUUCUUAUUCUUCUUAG